ACCGGGUAAGUUAUGAUUAUCUUCGGAGGAGCGUUGUUUUUUUCUUAACCCAUUGGUUGAACUGAGUGUAAAUUAAUGCAUUUUGUUAGAAAUAGGAGAUGUCUAAAUAUAUAUUUAUCGAGGAAUCAAAAGUCAUUCUGUGUAUGAAGAUCAUCUUGCAUGUACUACCUCCAUUCUAAAUACUCCCUCUGUAAACUAAUAUAAGAGCGUUUAGCGCUCUUAUAAUAGUUUGCAGAGGGAGUACAAUAUAAACUAGCCUACUAAAACGUCUUGUAUUUUGAAAUGGAGGUAGUAACUUGUUUAUUAACCUCCUGCAAAAAAAAUUGUUUAUUAACCAAUGAAAACAAAAGGUAUGGUGUAGUCAGUAAUGCCUAACAAUUUAUGCUUUUGUCUUAUCUUGCCCGCCCAUUCGUUGAAGCUCCGCCACUGGUCUGGAGUAGCUUUCAUCUCGUCAACCCAACUCCAAGUGCUGCAUACACCACAAAAAUUACAUGGCCCGCCGCCCACACGCAUAAUCCUAUUUCACUUGCAAAACUUUCGAGUGCAUGUUUCAAAUCGAAUGCGGCUACCGUUGGAUUCUCUCUUGCGCCACUUGUGAACGUGAGGCUGAUACCCGGACACGCCGUAGCCGCCAAACCGACGGGCUCAAACUCAGCCGCUCACGUCCACCCGUGCGCCGCCGAAUGCCGAACACAAAACCCCACCCACCCCACGCACGCACCGCGCCGGCGUCGGCGUCGGCAUCCGCAUGAAGAGCUCGGCGGACAACGUGGACAUCGAGCUGGUCAAGGCGGUGGCGCAGGCGUGGUACGCGCACUCGGGCAACCCGCGGCCGUCCCGCGCGCCGGCGGACGACGACGAUGGCGCCGGUCUGGGCGCGCGCCGCGUGGGCGCCCCGCGCUACAGGCCGUCGCGGUUCAAGCUGGAGGCCGCGGCGGCGGCGGCGGCGGCGGCCAAGCCGCCGAACAGCAGGCCGUGGGACUUCACGCAGUCGCUGUGGGACACCUACGAGCUGGUGACCGUGGCGCAGAAGAUCGAGUCCAGCCUCGCCAUCGUGGACGAGGCCACGGCCAGGCCACCAAGGCGUGCCUUCACCAACGAAGACGCCACGCGCGGCGGAGGAGGGAAGCGGGCGAGGGAGAGCAGGCGUAGCCUCAGGAGCCUGUUCCGCCGGUCCUCGUCCAGGAGGUUCGAGGAUUCAAGCAGCUAGCUAGCUAGCUAGUGUUCUCCUCUCUACCUUCCUGUUUCUCUCUCUAGUCCUUCCUUGCCUGAAAAACUUGGCAGCGUCUAUGCAACUUAGUACAGAGCUAUCUGUAUUGUCAA